AUAGACAUUUCGUAUGUCUCGUUGACCGUACGAAAAUAAUUUUAUAAACACGAGUUAUCAUUAUGUUGUCGGUCAGUGCGUAAGCGCAACUUGACGCCACCGGCCGUCCUAACUUAAGUAGGUAACUUAAUUAACGAAAAAAUGUGCCAAUCUUUAGUGACACGGAUUUUAGUGUUAGUUAGUUAUAUGGUGUUUAGUGUAUCUACCAGUGAUAUGUUUCAUGUGAAAAGUAUGACUACAUUUAGGCCAGAUCAAGUGUCCGAUUAUUUUGGAUAUUCAGUGUCUUUGAGCAAUUUGGGACUCCACGUGGGGGCUCCGAAGGCGAAGAGCAGGACAGUGAAGGGCAUCGCUCCAGGGCUGGUGUUCUCGUGUCCUCUGACAGAUGUCGACAGCAGCAACGCGAGUUGUGACCCACUCGGGAAGAAUGAUAGCUCCAAUCAUCUAAUGAGGAGCUAUAUACCAAAUGAUUUCUAUAAAGAUGACAUGUGGUUCGGAGCUGUUAUAGCUGUGGUACCCAAAGACAAAUUACUGAUCUGUGCCCCGAGGGAGAUGGCGCCGUAUAAAGAUAAACACAUUUUGAUAAACGGUGUAUGUUACAUACGCGGGAAGAACAAAGAACAGGGAUUAUACCCGCUCAGAGAUGAACACCGUCAAGCGUACAGGACCGACGGGGCCAGAAAGGAGUAUGGCGAGUAUGGGUACCACCUGAACUACUUCGCGUACGGACAGGCGGGGAUGUCUGUGGCCGUAACGAAGAACAGCAGCAUCAUUAUAGGAGCCCCGGGAGUGCUGCAGUGGACAGGUACCAUAGUGGAUUUCAAAAUCAGUUCAAAUAUGUUUUACUUCACCAAAGUCCCGACAAUGAAUCCUUAUCAUACUUUGGCAUUGGGGCCAGACGAUUAUUUCGGUUAUAGUGUUGAGUCAGGUGUUUUCGAGGAGACCGGGAUUAUUUUAAACGUAGCGGGAGCGCCUCGUUCUGGCAAAGGAUAUGGACAGGUUCUUCUAUUCGAGCCUACCACCCGUGAAACGGAUCCCUUGAAAAUCAAGGCAAAGCUCAUAGGACCCCAGUUGGGCUCAUAUUUUGGGGCAAGCCUCUGCGCCGUCGACAUUGAUGGAGACGGCUUAAGCGACCUUUUGGUCGGCGCACCGAAUUACGCGAAACGCGACGGAAUUAUCAAGUACGACCAAGGGGCGGUGUUUGUCUACAUGUCUAGGAAAGAGGAUUUCCGUUUUGUCCUAAGUGAAUCAGGCCAUGUAAUGGGAUCACGGCAGAGCGGAGCUCGUUUCGGGACUACUAUAGCAGACUUGGGAGACGUGGAUAGCGACGGAUUCAACGACGUAGUAAUAGGAGCUCCUUGGGAAGACAAUGGUGCCGGCGCCGUGUACAUAUACAGAGGCAGUGAGGACGGACUACGUGCUCAGUAUACCCAGAGAAUUCACGCGGAAGGUGCAAAGAGCUUUGGCAUAGCGGUGUCUAAAGGUUACGACGUGGACAACAACGAAUGCAAUGACAUAGCUGUGGGCGCUCAUAACAGCGGCACAGUGCAUCUGUACCGGAGUGUGCCCACCAUACAGGUGCUUUCAUCAAUUAAAGUUCCGGACGCUAAGGACAUGAAGCAAAACGCUACCCACUUUAGCGCUCUGUUCUGCGUCACUGUGCCCAGGACAAGGUCGUCCACGGACUCUGAGAUAGAAAUGAAAGCUACCAUCUUGGUGGACCCCGAAGGUAACAGGGCUAACACACUCGGUGAAGCGGACUACGUUAUCAAAGUGAGAUCCGGCUUUGAUACCUGCGACGAACAAAUCAUCGAAGUUAAGAACCAAUCGGAUUUGUCGAAGCCUAUCUUGCUGAAAUUCAAUUUGGAACCAGUAAAUCGUAUAGAUGAUCUUGUAAAGUUUCCGAGAAAAAUGGCCCGGGUCUCUGGGGACUCCAUCCUGCAUUCGUCCGUCUUGAUACAGAUGCUGAGCGACUGCGGCGACGACCUCGUGUGCACGCCGUGGUUGGAAAUGACCGUGGAACCAUUGGUGAGCCCAUUCGUCCCAGGCGCGGACACAAAGCUCGGCUUAAAAAUCACAGUCAUCAACAAAGAGGAGCCUGCAUACAGCGUGAAGCUAAGCGUGACUCUCCCGUGCCCCCCUCGAAGGUUACUAGAGUUAUGUUCCCUACAAGAUCUAGUCAUGACAUGCGAUCUACCAGCGCCUCUGAAGAGAAACGAAACCGCAGUAUGGGAGGUGGAACUAGAAUAUGCGUGGGACGGAACUGAUGAGAAAUUGAAGGUCACAGCGGAACUUCAAGACCCGCAGUACAUGAGGAACGUCAGCGAGGGUCCGAAGGAACUAGUGAUACCGAUUGCGCCGAAGAGUAACUUCGUGUUGCGUGGAAAAUCGCAACCUAAUAUAACCAUCACGAGAGAUGCGUUUGAGAAAAACACAGAUGUUUUAUUUACUCAUUACUUUGAGAUAACAAAUGAAGGUCCAUCAGAUUUCUAUCACGUGAAAGCCGUGGCAUAUCUUCCUGAAGAGGCUAUUUUAACAGAUUCUAUAGAGGGAGCCACUUUAGAAGACAACGUUCUGAAGUUCAAUGUCGAGAAGCUGAGGGCCAAGACUACGAAUACUUAUUUUUUACUUUUAAAAUAUGACAUAUAUAAAUUCGGUAACCAACUGGAAGAGACAUUAACUAUGAACGUGACGUCGAAAGUGGACAUUUACCUACAACACUACCACGCAUCGGAAACCUACAACGCAUCUAGCAACGUGACCACUACGCUGUUUCUGGAACCAAAAACGCCGAUCUGGCCUCUCAUUGUAGGCUUGGUGGCGGGACUGUUACUGCUGGCUAUAAUCAUACUAGCUCUAUACAAGUUCGGCUUCUUCUCGAGAAAGAAGAAAGAAGAGUUGAAACAUCUCCUCUCUUCGCAGGAAGACCCCUCUUCUUCCAGUAGCCCUUCUACCAACGACCCGAACGUAUCAAGUCAAGAACUGCUGGAUUCCGACACAGAUUGACCCGAUGAUGAAUAACUCAAUGAAUAAAUACUAAGAAAAAAGAGAAUAUUUAAGACUGACUGAUGUAAACGGUUAACUUCUUGUCAUCAUAAUAUUUUUAUUUUUAAGCAUUUAACUGCUAGAUGUUUAAAUCUAAAGAAAAUUUUACUAGAAAAAAUUGCACGCCGACCUAGCAGCCGACGGGAUUUGAACCCACACCCUUCGCUAUCCGGGCGAAUGCACUGACCCUGACCAUUAUGCUGCCGCGAUCCUGAUGGCCGUAUAGAAUUUUCUCUAGCAUUUCCUUUGGCUGCAAGGCAGCGCCCUCUCUUCGUAUUGCCAGUUGAUCACUGCAUUCGCCCGGAUAGCGAAGGGUGCGGGUUCGAGUCACCUCUGCUGCCUGGUCUGCGUGAAUUUUUUUCUAGUAUAAAAUAUUCUUGUUGAUUUUAAUAAUGGAUAUUACAUAUUAUACUGGAUUUUGCUGCAUUUCCACCUAGUGCUGAAAAUAACACCGAGCGAUCAAGCAUUCGUUUGCUCGGUAAAUGGAAUGCUCAAAACAACGUUGCGUUGUUUUGAGCAUUCCUAACCUAGCAAAAGAGCAUUCGUUCUUGUGUCCAGUUAAACAUUGUUGUACGAAUUCGAUUCAUCUAUCAAACGACAGAAGAUUCCCAAUUUCAAAUCUUUAAAAAUAAUGACAUUACAUUUUUGAUAUAACCGCUAGCCGUAGGCAUUACAUUAACAAAGAGUUUACCCAAACAAGGAGGCUGUAACGCAACGGACGUUACAGUAGCUUUAAUUUUUAUUGGAAGACCUGUAUAACAGAAGUGAGGACGUUUAAUAAUGAUGAAAUGUGGUUAAUGUGAUAUUCUUCAUAGCAAAACUGGUCUCAAUAUCUAAUACGAAAAUGCAGUCACCAAAUAUGCACCAAAUUUUAGUAAUAACGAAAUGGAUUGAUAUUUUAGCUUUUCAAAAUAUGUGUUAUGAAAUAUUUUCAACACUAGUCAUAAAAUAGUGUAAGGUAAAGAAAGAGAUGUAAAUUAUUUUAUUUUCUGAAACAAAUGCUGUUGCUUGAUUAAUAAAGGAUUGAAUAACUGUUACACAUCAUUAAAUAAAACUAGUUUUAACAGGUUAAUGCACGAAACUUUAUUUAUUUAUUGACGUUUCGCAGCCUUUUCAGGACUGCAUCGUCAGAAUAAAUGUUACACACCAUAUUAAGUAAUUAAAAUUCUUUGUAUAUUUUAUUUAAUAAUCUAAAUAAGAUUGUUCAAUCUCAUUAAGAUAAAAUGCAUUUCUAAUGAAUCUUUUCGUAUUAAAGGUCAAGGUCCAAGGUCUCCUACCUUGGAUUUCUGCCCAAUUUUGUAAUUUCGUACAAAUUAUAGCAAAACAAUAAAAAGACUAGCUCAUCAAAAUCUCAAUAAAUUCAUUUAAAUUGGUGAAAAUCUGAAUUAAUAUAUCUUGAAAAAGGACAAUCUACGCAUAAAUUACCAUUAUUAACUAGACGCAUGUUAACAUUGACUGACAGUUGACACAUUACUAUUGGUUAAAAUUCAUUUCCUUUAUUGUACUUAGUUGUAUCAAAAAUCACGAGACUGUUUUGUCAUAGCCAAUCUCACUGCCAUAGCCAUCUAUGACAUUGACUUUUAAUAUCCUUGGUACUCGGCCUUUUAGCCAACACUCAGUUGUUUUAUACACUUUUUAUUUUGCUGAGAUUGCAAUAUAAUUAUCUUAAAUAAAACUAGUUUUUAACGGGUUAAUACACGAAACUUUAUUAAUUUAUUGGCGUUUCGCAGCCUUUUCAGGUCUGCAUCGUCAGAAUAAUAUUUUGUUAUUUAAUUUUGUCGAGCUACCUUCGAAAGCGUUCGGUUAUUUCAUUGGAAGAUAUAAAAAAAAAUUAAAAGCCUUCCAAUUAAAUAACCGAACGCUCAAUAAAAGUCUUUCGAAGGUAGCUCGACAAAAUUAAAUAAAAAAUCAUUAUUCUGCCGAAAAGGCUGCGAAACGUCAAUAAAUAAAUAAAGUUUCGUGCAUGAACCCGUUAAAACUAGUUUUAUUUAAUGAGUGAUGUGCGUGAAAGCUAAGAAACAAAUAUAAUUAUGUUAUAUUGAUAUAUUCGAGCUUUUGUUGAUCAGGUACAUUUUUUAUGAUUUCCGUUGCUUAUUUAAAAAAAGAUGCACUGUGUGUGAUAUAUUAUCUGUGUUGCCAUUAAUUUAAAUGUUUAAGCGGAAUUUUUAUGUGGUGCAAGUGUUUAAUAAAUUAUAAAAUUAAUAAACUCGGCGUAAUUUCCUACAUAAAAAUGCAUCAUAAUAAUUAAGGUAUAAGAUUGGGCAGAGUUGUAUGGAGAAAAUAAUGGAUCUUUUAGAAGAUUUAUAUAAAAAUAAGUUCUUAUUUAUUGCAUAACGAUGUCUGUAUUCUAAAAUAAUAAGAAGUACCUAACAUACUAGAAUUAAUGAAAUACCUAGUUACUUACCUACUUUUUUAUAUUUUGUGUAUAUUUUUGGAUAAAUAAAAAGUAGAAUAUAAACUAUACGCAACUGAAGUAUUCUUUGAUUUUCAAGAAUUCCUUCCUUAAAAAAAGUUAAACUGUACCCCUAGCACGAACCAAUAUCGAAUUUGUAUCGUUUGCGAGUCCGAAAUGUCAUUGUCAAAUGUGUACUGAUUUUUAGUUCUCGUUAGUCGUCGUUCAAGUUUCCAUACAAAAUUUGACAUUGACAUUUCGAUUUGCAAACUAUUCGAAUUUAAUAAUGGUUCGUGCUAGGGGUACUGUUGGGAACAAAAAAGUACCUUUAGUAGUUACCAAGUAAUAACUAGCGCUUAGUUCAGAAAGGUAUAUUAGUUUUUGGGCUAAAAAUAUUUUAUGAACCCUUUUUUAAUUCUUUUCUUUCAGUAAAACUACACAUGAUAUCUGAUAUUUGCAUGUCACAAUAAUAAAAUCUGCUAUUUUAGGCCUUCAGUGAUUUGUUAUAAUAAAAAUUAAGACCAAAUAUGUCAUAGUUUUAAGAACUUUGGAAUUAAUAUUGUUUAUUUCAAUAUACUUACACAAAUAUUUUUG